AUGUUUCACGGAAAUGGCUUUACUCAACUGGGAGAUGCUGGAUUUAAUGAUUGGAAAAAUGGACAUUUAGUUAUUUUCAGGCACGAAAAUUCUUUGGCACAUAAAAAUAAUACAUUAAGUUUUAUUACAUUACAAAGUGAUGUAGGUAGAAUUGACACUCAAUUGGCAACACAAGUGACUGAUGAAAUGAAUUACUGGAAAGCUGUUCUUCAUCGAGUUGUUGAAGUAAUUAAAUUUCUCGGUGCAAAAGGUUUAUCAUUCAGAGGUGAUAAUGAACAAUUUAACAAAAUUAACAAUGGGAACUUUUUAGGAACGUUAGAGUUACUUGCUAAAUAUGACCCUUUUAUUGCUCAACAUAUAGAAAAGUAUGGGAAUAGAGGGAAAGAAACUCCGUCUUAUUUAUCAUCCACAAUCUAUGAAAAACCUUUACUUUUGAUGAAGAAUGAUAUAAUUAAAAUUAUAUUAAAAGAACUAAAAGCAGCCCAGUAUUAUUCUUUAAUUGUUGAUUCUACACCUGAUAUAGCAAACGUCGAUCAACUUGUUAUUGCAUUAAGAUAUGUUUUACCUAGUGGUGUACCUGCAGAAAGAUUUUUAAUAGUCAUUCUAAACAGUGGUCAUAAAUCUGAAGAAAUGAGCAAUGUUGUAAUGGAUUUUCCUAAUUCACACAAUAUACCAAUUGAAAAUUGUCGUGGCCAGAGCUACGACAAUGCGAGGAAUAUGUCAGGUCAGUAUUCUGGAUUGCAAUCAAGAAUUAAAAGUUUUAAUUCAUUUGCAGAGUAUGUACUAUGUUCUGCACAUUCUCUUAACUUGGUCGGAACGUGUGCAGCAGAAAGUUGUAAUUCUUCUACUUCAUUUUUUAUGCUUCUCCAGGAACUAUACACUUUUUUUUCUAGUUCUAUUAAAAAAAAAAGAGCUAAGGCUGAUAAAUCAAGAUCUCAACCUCUUACAGAAAUUACAGGGAAAAUAGAUUUUAUUAGAAAUGUAUAUUAUGUGAUCAUUGAUACUCUUAAAUGUCAACCUAGUUCGAGAAGACAAGCUUAUGAAAAAAUAUCAGAUAUUUAUGGGUGUAUGCCCACAUUGUAUAAAACACCGAGUUCUAUUGUUGUAAGAAACACAUGUGAAACUUUGGCAAAAUAUUUUAUUGAUGUUGAAAACUCAAGCUUACUUUUAAAUGAAUUAAAUUCUAUAGUUAUAAUGUCUUGGUGCCAAGCUGUAUGGCUAGAGGGAUCAGUUGAAGAAGAGCUGAUGAUACCUCCAGUGUGGAUUGAAAGAGCAGUAGUUAAAAAAAGGUUUGUUAGGUGGCCUAUUGGUAUGAAUGUUAUAAAAGCAUGUAACCAACAGGCUAUACCACAGAACAGAUGGUUUCGCUUUCCACUUUUUAAGAAAAAGUGUCGUCAUAGUAAGUAA